UAAACAGGUGAUUGAUAAUCACAGAGAUCUCAGCUGCUGUCAGAGAGGGAAGAUGAUGCUCCAUGCUACUCUGGUUAUUACCCUGCUAACAGGUCUGAGUUCAGGUCAACAGCGGUCAUUAUUAAUUGAUGGCUCCACCAAGAGACCUGUGGGGGACACCAUGCAAUUCUUCAUAGUCAACCCCCCAUCCCCUCCCUAUACAGAGAUCAGCUGGAGUUUUCAAGGGAGCCCUGUUAUCACCCACCUAGAGGGCAGUGACACCUUUGGGUCUAACUACUCUGGCCGUGUCCAGCUCGACGGCCUGACUGGCUCUCUGAAGCUGCACAAUCUAACUCUGCAGGACUCUGGGGAGUACAUAGUCACCAUCAAGAUGUCAGGAGGCACAGAGUUUAGUGGGAGAAUGAACCUGACGGCCUUGAAUCCUGUCUCUGUCUCAAUUGUGGCCAAUGAGACGGAGCCGAUUGAGUUCCGCAGCACCGUGAAAGUCACCUGCAUUGCCUCUGGCUCCUUCUUCACCGUGACAUUGUUUGGCGAAACAGGCAAUAUGUCAAGCACCUACGAAGGCCUCACUGGGAAAGUGAAGAUCACCGACUACAAGGAGGCAAGGCGUGGCAUGAGGCCUUUUGCAUGUGAGGCCUCCAAUGAUGUGACUGGGAUGGUUGCUAGGCUGCCUGUCAACGUACUCUAUGGACCUGAUGAGGCGGUCAUGGUGGCUACACCAAAGGGCCCGUCCUAUCGUCCUGGCUCGUACAUCACCCUGUCCUGCUCCUCCGAGUCCUACCCUGCUGCCCAGUACCAGUGGGCACUGAAUGGAACCCUGCUGGGCAGAGAAGGACCAGAACUACGACUGGAGAACGUUCAGGACAGUGAGAGUGGAGGCUACAGCUGCUGGGCUAGCAACAGCAAAACCGGGAGAAAAAUGCAGUCAAACACACUUCAUAUUACAGUGCCAGUGUCAGGCUUGAGUGGAGGAGGCAUUGCUGGUAUAGUGAUUGGAUCGUUGCUAGCUGUAGCUGCCUUGAUUGUCAUCGUACUAGUUCUGCUAGGCUUCAGGUUCAGACCAGUGAAGGGUUGCUACAGAAGGACUUCUACAGGGGACUGAUACACUGUGAAGAGACACUGCAGUGCUUUCUGCACUGUAUUUUACAAUGUUUCUGAAAAGACUGUCAACGAAAGGGUUUUAAGUUAAUUAAGUUCAUUUUUACUUUUUACAGUAUGUCUCAAUGUGUAAAUGAAUGGCAUUGUACUGAUUGUUAUCUGUUUCAUAUUAUGUAGGCCUGAUAAUGGUGUGUAUAUGACAUACAGUACUUUGGAGUGUGUACAAGGCAAGGCUAUGUAGUGACAGUUAUUGCUAACAGAGCUGAGGUUGGUAUCCUACAGUAUGUAUUGUAACGAUUUGAUGCAACACACACAGUUGUCCAAUCAAAGGUUUAAUGCGGAAGUGGGUUUCAGCCAAACACAUAGGAACCAUCACAUAGGAAACACAAGGGAAGUCAAUAAAACAAGCACAAUACACAAACAGGGUAGUCACAUACAAUACACCGGGUAAAACACAUGAUGUACAACCUAAAGACUACACAAGCACAACACAUACAUGACAAGGUAAACGCAAUUACACUCACUAAAACCGACAUUACACAAACCAGCAUUCAUACACAUUGCAUUCUGGGAGGCUAGCACUCAGUCCGGAAGACACCGACGUUACAGUAUUUAUUUAUAUUUGUAAUUUAUCUUGGAAAUAGGCAGCUACAGUUCAGAUGUGCAUUUAAUGUAUUGUCUACAAGAAACAAUGAAACUGAAACAUGCACAAACAUGUUUCCAUGUUCAAUAAAUCCUACUGAUUGACACAUUAAAGUUAUAAUA